AUGGUGCAGAUUGCGUCGUGGGAUAAAUCCGUUCAUUCAUCCUCUCACACCAUGUUCAAGCUUACGGCCUGCCUGCUACUGCUUGUAGCUGCAGUACAAGCUAAACUCCCGGUUACUCCGAUCAGCCAGCUCCGCGCUGAGUCCCAUCGUAACAAGGCUCUUGUUGCCCGUAGUCAGGAUGUGAAUGCUGCGUUCCCUGCGCAUACUAUCCAAAUCCCCAUCGACCAUUUCCCAAAGAGUAGCCGAUAUGAACCUCACACCACGGAGAAGUUCAACCUGCGAUACUGGUUUGAUGCUAGCCAUUACAAGGAGGGUGGCCCUGUGAUCAUUCUUCAUGGCGGAGAGACUAGUGGUGAAGGUCGCAUUCCAUUCCUUCAGAAGGGUAUCCUGGCCCAGCUUGCACAGGCAACAAAUGGUAUCGGAGUAAUCAUGGAGCACCGAUACUACGGUGGCUCCCUUCCAACUCCCGAUUUCUCGAACAAGAGCUUGCGCUUCUUGACAACCGAACAAGCACUUGCUGAUACGGCUUACUUCUCCAAGAAUAUCAAGUUCCCGGGUCUUGAGAAAUAUAACUUGACUGCUCCUGGUACUGCGCAUAUCGUGUACGGUGGCUCAUAUGCUGGUGGACAAGUUGCCUUCCUCCGAACCCAGUACCCUGAUAUCUUCUGGGGAGCCAUUUCUUCCUCUGGUGUGACCAAGGCCAUAUACGAUUACUGGCAGUACUUUGAGCCCAUCCGUCAGGAGGCUCCUCAGGACUGUGUCCAUGUCACCCAAAACUUCGUUGAUAUCGUUGACAACAUUAUUAUCCAUGGAAAGAACGCCAACACCACCAAAGAGUUGAAGAACUUGUUUGGUCUUGGCCGCCUCCGUGAUGCUGACUUUGCCAAUGCCCUCUCCUCUGGUAUUACUGGAUGGCAGUCCACCAACUGGGACCCUGCUAUCAGCGGCAAGAGCUUUUACCAGUACUGCAGUGAAAUCACCAGUGACCGUUACCUCUAUCCGGUUACUGCCCAACAGAAGGCUUCUGCUAAGCGUAUCAUCGAGGCCGGCGGACACGGACGUGAGGCUCCCGAGAUCCUACCCCAGCUGCUCAACUUUGUCGGUUGGCUCAACAAGAGCACCUUGGAGUCCUGCUCCGGCCAGGGCCAAACUGCUGAGGAGUGCCUGAACUCCUACGAUGAGGCCUUUUACAAGCAGGAUAAUGCCGACCAGAGCUGGAGAGCAUGGCCCUGGCAAUAUUGCAACGAAUGGGGAUACCUGCAGACCGGCAGCGGUACUCCCAAGAACAUCCGUCCUGUCAUUUCCCGACUGAUCGACCUGCCAUACACUUCCAACAUCUGCAAGCAGGCCUUUGGCAUCACCAAGCCAUCCAACGUUGACCUUGUCAACAAAUAUGGCGCUUUCGAUAUCGAGUAUGACCGUCUUGCCUUUAUCGAUGGAGGUUCAGACCCAUGGAAGGAGGCCGGUGUCCACGCGACUGCUGCCAGAAAGCGAGGAACCUCCACCAACAAGCCGUUUAUCCUCAUCCCUGACUCUGUCCACCACUGGGACGAGAACGGACUCUAUCCCAACGAGACCACCGCCGAGCUUCCACCACAGCGGAUCAAGGAAGUCCAGGCUGAGGAAGCCCGCUUCGUCAAGGAAUGGAUGAAGGGUAAGUGA